AUGGAGUCAAAUUUGCCUUCGGAUGAAGUAGCAAAUCAACAUAAUGGAGUAUUUCACGAAGAUGAUGAAGAUGCUUUUAUCCUGGAAGAGAUUGGGGAUUCUUUGGAUGACCAACCUAAGAAGGGGAUUAUGUUCGAUAGCGAGGAUGAUGCCAUUAGGUUCUACAAAGGUUAUGCCAAAACAAAGGGCUUUGGUGUAGUAAGAAGAACUGCUAGACACGGUGAUGACAGAAAGCUUAAUUAUUUUACUCUUGCUUGUAGUAGACAAGGGAAGGCUCAGUACUCAUCAAAAAACUCGUUUAAUCCUAAUCCAUCGACAAGGAUGCAAUGUCUAGCAAAGGUUAAUUUUGCUCGUCAUGGAGAAAAGUUCUGCAUUACUUCGGUUACGCUUGACCACAAUCAUCCUACAAGUCCAAGCAAAUCCAGAUUUCUAAGGUGUCAUAAGAAACUGGACUUGCAUGCCAAGAGAAUGCUAGAAUUGAAUGAUCAAGCAGGAAUCCGUAUGAAUAAGAAUUUUGGUUCUCUUGUUAUGGAAGCUGGCGGCUAUGAACAACUCGAAUUUAGUGAAAAGGAGUGCAGGAACUAUUUGCAAGAGAAGAGAAGGCUGAAGCUUGGUGCCGGAGAUGCACAUGCUGUUUAUAAAUAUUUUCUCCGUAUGCAGUCAAAAGAUCCAGACUUUUUCCAUGUUAUGGAUGUCGCUGAGGAUGGACGACUGAGAAAUGUCUUUUGGGCAGAUGCAAGAAGCAGGGCUACAUAUGAAUCUUAUUGGGAUGUCAUCACAUUUGACACCACAUACUUGACAAAGAAAUAUAGCAUGCCGUUUGCUCCUUUUGUUGGCGUAAAUCAUCAUGGAGAAUCAGUUCUAUUAGGUUGUGGUCUUUUGUCUAAUGAAGACACUGAGACUUUUGUUUGGUUAUUUAAAUCUUGGUUAUGUUGUAUGUCAAACAAAGCACCUAAUGCUAUAAUCACAGACCAGUGCAAAGCAAUGCAGAAUGCUAUUGAAGAAGUUUUCCCUCAAGCUCGUCAUAGAUGGUGUAUAUGGCAUAUCAUGAAGAAGAUUCCUGAAAAGCUUAGUGGGUAUGAAAAGUAUGAGAACAUUAAAUAUACGAUGUCAAAUGCGGUAUAUGAUUCCUUGACCAAGCAUGAUUUUGAUGAAGCUUGGCUGAAGAUGAUCAAGAAAUAUGAGCUUCAGGACAAUGAAUGGCUUGCUGGUUUAUACAGCAAUAAAUAUCGAUGGGUACCGGCGUAUGUAAAAGAUACUUUUUGGGCAGGAAUGUCUUCAACACAAAGGAGUGAGAGUGUGAAUGCUUUCUUCGAUGGCUAUGUCAAUGCUAGAACAACUCUGAAGCAAUUUGUGGAGCAGUAUGAGAAUGCACUAAGGGACAAGGUGGAGAAAGAAAACAAGGCUGAUUCUAAGUCGUUCCAAGAGGUCAUUCCAUGCAUUACUCACUACGACUUCGAGAGGCAAUUUCAGGAAACAUAUACCAAUGCAAAAUUUAAAGAGUUUCAAGAGCAAUUGAGAGGUAAAAUCUAUUGCUAUCCAACCCAAGUGAACAAAGAAGGGUCACUUUUUACAUUUAGAGUCAGAGAGGACCGCAAGAUUUUUUUUGAAGGAGAGGAUGGUGAGAUUAAAGACAAAAGGAUUAUUUCAGAGUUCACUGUCUUGUUCGACCAAGGGGAAUGUGAUGUGCAGUGUGCUUGUAGGCGUUUUGAAUUUCGAGGCAUCUUGUGUAGCCACAUCCUUUCUGUUCUUGCUCUCAUGGAGAUCACAGAAGUACCUUCUAGGUAUAUAUUGCAGCGAUGGGAUUUUAAGCGCAAACACACAUUUAUUAAAUGCUCCUACGAUGAUAUGUUGAAUACACCGCUUGUGCAACGCUAUGAUAGUCUGUGCAAGCGUUCCCAUGAAGUGGCAGAGAAUGGGGCAGAGUCGGAUGCAUUGUAUGCAUUGGUGAUGGAUGGUCUUGGUCAGUUGCAAAUAAAGAUUGAUGCACGUCGUGCUAGCCAGGAAGUACAGGAGGAGGAUCAAACUAAGAAGCAUGAAGAAACAAUGUCAAACAAGGAAAAAAUCGUACUCAGCCCAAUCUCUGCUCGCAGCGUAGGUCGCCCUCGUUCAAAGAGAAAGGAAUCUAAAGUAGAUCAAGUGGUCAAACGAUUGAGAGCGAAGAAGCAGCAGGGAAAUACUCUCUGUGAAGGAUAUGAGGCUCAAAGUGCUUGUUUCUUUCCAAAUAAGUUUCAGGUACUCCAAACAAAUGAACCUGCUACACCAAUUCAGAUCAAUUCUUACAUUGAUAUUCUCCAGGGAAAGAAAGAUGUAUUGGAUCUGCUAUCUGCUACUCUGAAAGACUGA